AUGAGACCAAGGGUUUUAUCGGUCGGCAUCAGCACACAAGCUUCUUUAGCUAUUGAUUACGGUUGGAAAGGACUUAUUGCGCUUAGCAGUUUCACCAAUAUACUUAUUGUUGACCCUUGUAGUAGUAAAUCUUUGCAGUCGCUCCAGGGGCACCGGGCUAACGUGGUAAAUGUUUUGUGGGCUCCUGAGAAUUAUUAUCAUGAUGAUAAAAACCCUUUUCAACUAAGACUUGCUAGUGUCGAUUCUUCUGGAGUGAUAAUAAUUUGGGAUGCUACUACCUCCUCUGCCACUUCAGAGUUUCGUGAGGCAGAUUCACUCGCUUUGGAAAUAUUAUGGUUACCUAAUCAGUGGGUUUCUCGUGAUUUGUUGGCUGUUCUUCACUCUCAUGGAAAAUUCAUUAUUUGGAACACACAAACCCAAACAAAAUUAUGGAAGUACUCUUUUGGUGACGAAGUGAUUUCUUUUUCCUUGGAUAUAUUCUCUAAUUCAAAAAUGAUUUUUUAUUCAAAGGAUCAUUUCAUUGUGGAAAAUUUUAGCGUUACUUCGUGCGCUUUCGGAAAAAGUGGGAAACUAAACAUUUCUAAGGCUGUUGAAAAUAGUAACAAGCGUUUUCCUAAUGAAGUAAACUCACGUGGGACAGCGUCAUCAACGCCAGCAAAAUCAUCCAGUGAACUGAACCUCACCCCAGGGAACUUUGAAAGGACAUUUGAUUCUGCGAGUGAUAAUGCAAGAUUAGUAUCUACUAAAACAUGCUUGCAGGUCACUUACCAUCGAUAUCACAAGGACUGUGCUUUGUUUGUUUUUAGGAGGGAGAUUAUUAUUGUAAACCUAGUAUUGGUCCGUCCGCUUUAUUUCAUUUCUUUAGAUCAUUCUUGGCCUUCUUUCUCACGUGUGUAUUCUUGCACUCAACGUGAUGUCAUCAUUUGUUUACAUGAAAACGGCAAUUUAAGCGUAUAUGCUUGUCGUGGUCUUGCUUUAGCAACGGAUCCUUCUCUUCAUACGUCUCAUUUAUUGCAAAUACCUCGUCAAGAAUUUUCUGAUCUCCAGGCUAAUGAUAUAUAUGUUCUCGUUGCAACUGCUGCAUCUUUUAGACGCCCAAAACAAGUACAUCAUGUUAGUUUUUCUGUCGACCAAAUGACGGAGUUGAAUAUCGCCGUAGUUUCAAUUGAUGGUCGGUUCCAGUUUUGGCGACUACGAGAUAUUCGAAAUUCGUCUUCCUGUGAUGAAGAAAGAAAGCCAAUUUGGAGCCUUUCGGAUCUGUUACCACAUGCACCGGUUUUAAAUAAGCCUCCAGUAAAGUUGUAUCUUGAAUUAAAUGGUUUAUACUCUCCAAGUCGAUCAGAACCAACACUAUGUCGCGUAUGUCCAUCGAAUUUAAUGAGGUUUUCAAUGAUUGAUUCAAUUUGCGGUCCUUUAGUGGCUGUUGGAAAUAAUCAUGGUGAUAUUCAGAUUUGGGAUGUAUCAUCAGCUAUAUUAUGGCGUGAAUAUCAUGUACUACCGGUACCUGUGAAAGGAAUUGAGUGGAUACCAAUACCCCGAACAGUUUAUAAAAGUAAUCAAAUCAAUGAGGAUACUUCGAAAUCACCAUAUGAAUAUUCGUUAGGUUUAAUUGUUCAUGGUUGGCAAUCCAAAGAUGGGCACCAAAGUUCUCUUACUGAAAAUUCAUUAAAUAAAACGAAUCUAAUGGGAAGAAAUUUCGUUACCACAGUAGACUUAUUAACAGGAUAUAUGCGUAUAUUUCGUGACACUUCAAAUCAAAGGACUGUGAAGACAGGUCAUCAUACAGCAAUCGGACCCUCUGCUAGUCCACUUUUAUCUGGAUCUAACGAUGAAGAAAGUCUUUCGGAGGGACCAAUUGAUAUUCUUUGUGUUAGCCACUUAAAUCAGUACGUUGGUAUAGCAGUUCGCAGAAGUCCUUUAGAAAUAUGGAAAUUGUGCAAUUCAUCCUUAGUGGUUAAAUUACCUCUUCUACCAGAUUUAACAGUUGUUGCUUUGGAUUGGUGUCAUUCGCCAACUAAAUCUCAUCGAAGUCGUAAAAUUUCGGACAAGAGUUCUAAGUCAGACGACUAUGUUCAUUCAAAAGAAUCUGCUUAUAUACGUGAAUCAUGUGUUAUGUGCACUUCGGAUGGCAAUAUUCGCUUGAUUGCAGUGAACAAUGAUACAGUGGAUAAUACUUCAGUUUCAAAUACAAUUUUAAAUGGUCUGCCAACUGUUAGUUUAAAUCGAAUUAAUUCCGUUGCUUGGUUCUCUGAUUUAGUUGCUUUUGGCACUUAUGAUGGUUUUGUAGCUGUUCGAGAUUUACAUAGUAAAAGAACAUUGUUUCGAACAACUUGCUCAAAGUUCCAAUCAAAUUAUUUAGAUCAGGCUCUUGGUACUUUUAAUGAACAAUAUUUUGAUCCAGAUUUAGUCUUCGAAGCAAAUACUCCAACUGUACAUUCUUCACUGAAUAUUCGACGUUUAUGCUUUAUACCGGGUUUGUCAAGUCUUACUCGUCUUCUUAGUUUACAGUUGAAUUCAGUUUGUGUUUGGGAACCAAGACAGAUGCUUCUUUUAUGUAUAAUUGACUUCACUGGAUCAAUUCAUCAUUCUUUAAUUUGCGCUGAUUGGGUUUCUGUUGUCACCAAAUCAUCGGAUAGAGCUUUGUGUAUUCUUUUAGGUGGUGAUGGCGCUCUACGACUUGUACAAGCUGGUCAAGCUAAUUAUGAAAUGACAAUUGUUAACUAUUUUAAUCAAUCAGUAAAUCUUGGAAGUACAAUCACGCGUGGAACUACUUUACAAGAUCCAAUUUCAAAAUUUUAUAUUCAAAGUCCAUUGCCAGACAGACCUGACAUUCAAGAUCCUGUUUUAGUCCCUUCGUUACUUCCUCCUAUCACUGCUUUAAAUAUUCGACAUAUUUUACAGCAUCAACCAUGGUGUAAAACGUCGCAAAAUAUCUCUUCGAUUAAGAAUGAUGAUGAUUUAUUAAUUGAUAUGACUUCUAGUUGUCAAACUUCAACAUCAAAAUCUUCAAAUAUCGAUUUAACCAAUCAGUCAGAAACAAACAAUCAGACUACUCUAACUAAUGCUAAAUUAGACCAAAGUAAUUAUUCUAGCAGUGACUGUUCUCUGCUUGCUCCUGGUUUUGCAAAGAUUCAAAAUUCUGUAAAUAUAUUCUUAUAUGGUCUCAAAACAAGACAUAAAUUAUCUACUAGUUUUAUGAAUUCAUCAAAUACUACCAUUAUUGAACGUUGUUUAUGGACUGCUCAAUUAUUUGGUGAUGUAUAUGAAGUGAAAUUUUGGCGAUUAGUUGCAAAUCGUUUAUUAUACAACAAACCUUAUCAUAACAAUUCACAACAAUCAAAUAACCAAUUGUGGUCUCGGUAUUUUUUAGAUUUAUCAUGGGAUUUUCUAGCUGACUGCAGUCUAUAUCGUCAGAAUGUUGAAAAGUUUAUAUCAUUUAUGGAAAAAUCACAUAAUUCACCUACUCAAUUAAUGGAUUGUGUUGAUACAAUGAUUAUGGUUGGUCAACAGGAUCGUGCAGUUUCUUUGCUACUGGAAACACCUGCGGAUUCAAGUAAUUAUUCCAUGAAUAUGUAUCGUGCUUGUUUGUUUGCUGCAAAUUUUCCUGGAAAAUCACUUCUAUCUGGAUCCAAUGUAAAGCAGAAAACAGAAGAGGAUAAUUAUUUAAGUGUAGUAAAAUUAGUUGCUACAAAUUUACUUUCUAAUGGAAAAGUUAAUGAUGGUAUUGGUUUAUUGUGUCUUAUUGGUCUACAAGUUGAUGCAUGCCGUUACUUGGAAUCGUUCGAUCGAUGGGAUCGUUCUGUUUGGUUAGCUAAGUGUACAUUGUCAACUGAAGAACAUGAUAAAGUGAUGAGACGUUGGGCGUCAUAUUUAGCUUCAUCUCAGGUUAAUCGUAAAGAUUUAGCUAUCCUCAUAUAUGUUUAUUUAGAAGAUCAUAAUCAAGUUUUGAAGUUGCUCUUCAGUCUUAAUCAAUAUCAGUUAGCAGCCAGAUACUUGGAAGCAUGCCGUGAAUUAGGCUUAUUAAAUUCAACUAAAGAAACAGAAUCAUUUUAUGAGUCGAUAUUUUUGGAAUUUGGUUCAUUCCUAUUAAAACUUGGUCAUCAUGAAGCUGCUACAUAUUAUGGUAAUUUAGCUGGAACAAUGGCUGAUUCGUUAAGAAAAGAAAUAGAUUUUCUUUUAUCAUAG